UGGGUAGCAAUAGUAUAUAAUGGUAAAGUCCCACUACAUUCGUGCUGGACGCCUGGUGCGCAUCCUCCGUGGACCUCGUCAGGACCACAUUGGUGUCAUCGUGGACAUCGUGGACGGCAAUCGCGUGCUCGUCGAGAAUCCCGAGGACAAGAAGGUCUGGCGCCAUGUCCAGAACCUCCGCAACGUUGAGCCGCUCAAGUUCUGCGUGAAUAUCUCGCGCAACUGCAGCGGCAAGGCCCUGAAGGAAGCCUUGGCGUCGUCGAAGAUUCUCGACCGCUACGCGAAGACCCGCACGGCCACGCGCGUGGAGGCGAAGAAGGCUCUGGCCGUCUCAACGGACUUCGAGCGCUAUCAGCUCCGCGUUGCCCGCCGCUCGCGGGCUCACUGGGCUCGUAAGAUCUUCGACGAGGCGGAUGCCAAGGCACCCGUGUCGUGGCAUAAGAUCGCCCUCCGGAAGAUCCAGAAGAAGGCGGCCAAGAUGGACUCCAACUCCGCCGCUAAGAAGCGCAUGCAGAAGGCAAUCGCCGCUCGCGCAAGCAAGAAGUGAAGCUGUAUAAUGCUAUGCCCCAAAUGAUUACAUUAUUUCUAUUUAAAACUUAGAUUAACAUACAAUUAAAAUAUUCGUCCUUGUAUCCUGUUGCGGUAGAGUUAUGUCUCUGAA